AUGACCAAGUACAAGAACGGUAAGGAUAAUAUGGUUACUAAUGCACUUUCGCGAAGGUAUGCACUUCUUAAUACUCUUGAUUCUAAGGUAUUGGGUUUUGAGUGUACAAAAGAGUUGUAUGUAGAAGAUGCUGAUUUUGGUAAAGUGUAUAGUACUUGUAUUAAUGGGAAUGCAUUUGAUGCCUUUUAUGGGUAUUUGUUUAAAAAGAACAGGUUGUGUGUGCCUCACUGUUCUUUGCGUGUGUUGUUGAUUAAUGAGGCACAUGGGGGUGGUUUGAUGGGUCACUUUGGGGCUAAGUCUAAAUUAAAACCCUAUGGUUUAUAUAAACCUGUACUUGUCCCUGAAAUGCCAUGGGUUGACUUAUCUAUAGAUUUUGUGCUUGGAUUGCCUAGAACUAGGAAACAUAAAGAUAGCAUUUUUGUUGUUGUGGAUCGUUUCAGUAAGAUGGCUCAUUGA